AUGUUCUUGAAUGAAAAGGCACCGUUUGGAAACUCGUCACCGGUCUCCAGACUCAAGAGGACUUAUAUACUCGCACCAGUAGACAAUAAAAAUAAAAGCUCAGAUGACGAUGUGGUUCCGAAGCUUUCAGUAAAGUACAAGGACAGGAACAUUAAGCUUUCGAGCGACAGGUUGACAGCUACGGGUUACAAGGGUUGGACCUCUGUAUUUAGUACACAUUGUUCCUCCGCUGGAAAAUGGUACUAUGAAGUCAAUAUCAAUGCAGACUCUAAAAAUUUGAGAUUUGUGGGAUAUGAAUAUCCCAUGAAGCCGAACAUAAAGGGGCAUGUUAGGAUUGGAUAUGCCUGCAGAUAUCAGCGCUAUGAUAUGCCAGUUGGCGUAAAUAAUUUUGGAUUCUCACUAUCAGAUGUAGACGGAAAAAUCGUACAUGAUAAGCAAAAGCAUGACUACGCAGUUUCAUAUGGUACUGGUGAUACAAUUGGUUGUUUUAUAAGCUUGGAAACACCCACUACACAUUUUACUGACCCAAGUGAUGACAUAAAGCUCUAUGAAUUUAUCCGAAACGGGAUGUUAUGUGAUCCUCGCAAUAUUCCUAAAUCUGAUUCCAACUCAGAUUCGUAUGUUCAAUUUUCGAUAAACGGGGAAAUAUACCCAAAAUGCAAUUUGAAAGUUUAUGAUGGCUAUUAUCAUCCAGCCAUUUCUCUAUACAUGGGGGCCUCUGUCACAGUUAAUUUGGGUAAGAAUGUUGCUGAAUAUAUGUUACUAGUGUAUACUUUGUAA